UGCAGCUCCCGUAACGACAGAAGAUUGGUCUUGUAUUCGUUUUCGGCUUCGGUGCCUUUGUCUGCGUCACCAGCAUCAUUCGAUAAAAAAGUUUGUAUGAGAUUUCCGUAUCGACAGACACAUCCUGUACGUUCAAAACCUUGCUCCUACUCUGCGUAUGAACUAAUAAAGCACACAGUGGACGCCGUCAACAUCGCCAUCUGGUCCGGGAUCGAAAUCAACGUCGCAAUCGCCUGUGCCUCCCUCCCCUCCCUAAAACCCCUCAUCUCGCGCCUAGUUCCCGGCAUCCUCCCCAGCAUCGGCAGCCGCAACAAAUCAAACAUGAACAACCUCUCCGGCAACGAACUCGGCAGCUACCACAUGAACACUAUGAAUAACACUAACAAAUCUAGGACCGGCGCCCAAGUCGAAGAAAUCAAGGUCGAGCAGAGCAUAUAUCAGCAGCGGGAAGUGAGAGCCAGUGUUGAAGGGAGUGAGAGGAGUUUAGUGAAUUGGAAGGCGGACUGUUUUUCUGAGGAGCAGCAACGUAAGAAGCAUGAGGUCGUCUAGUGGGCUCUCGUUGAUCUGUCUAGCGCUGGCGUGAAAGGAAUCGAUGAAUCCUGGUUGUCGGUGGGGUGAAACAAUCUCAACGCCGUUUGGAUGCGUGGCGUUAUGUGUAAUUCUGGUCGUGUAAAAAACGAAUUCUGGUUUCAUAU